AUGUCUGAAACAUAUGAGAUGGGCAUCCAUGGCCUCCUCCGCGAACUCGGCCCUGCCCCGCGCAUCUCCCUCGCCAAGCUCGCCGCCGACCACUUCUCCACCGCCGAUCAGCCCUUCCGCCUGGCCAUCGACAUCCAGAUCUGGCUCUUUCAGAUUCAAUGCGGGAAAGGUGGGAGCAAUCCUGCUCUACGAACAUUCUACUAUCGACUGUUACGCCUGCUGAGUCUGAACAUCUGGCCGCUGUUCGUCUUCGAUGGCCCCAACAAGCCUUUGUUCAAGCGGAAUAAGAAAGUUGGUGGACAGGGUGUCAGGGUGGCGACGGUCCCAGAGUUCUUGGCCAAGCAGUUGUUGAAGGAAUUUGGGUUUCCGUGGCAUGUUGCUCCUGGCGAGGCCGAGGCGGAAUGUGCGCUUUUCCAACGUGAAGGGGCGGUGGAUGCGGUGUUGAGUGAGGAUGUGGAUACGCUCAUGUUUGGUUCUGGUGUGACAUUGAGGAAUUGGACGAGUGAAAGUAGUACCAAAAGUCCGACACAUGUUUCGCUUUAUCGGGAGCAGGAGACGAUGGCGAGGAGUAAGGGUGUGGAUAGGCAUGGCAUGAUCUUGGUCGCUUUGAUGAGUGGUGGCGACUAUUUGCCGGAAGGGAUACCGGGGUGUGGGCCGAAGGUUGCUUGUGAUGCUGCGAGGGCAGGGUUUGGGAAGGAGCUGUGUGCGCUGCGCAAGAAUGAUACAGCCGGGAUGAAGUUGUGGAAGGAGAGGUUGCAGCAUCAGAUCAGGACGAAUGAGGCCAAGUACUUUAGUAGGAAGAACAGCGGGUUCUCCAUGCCUGAGGACUUUCCAAAUCAGGAGGUCCUGGGCUAUUACACUCAUCCUUGUGUUUCGACGCCGGAGAAGGUCCAGCGCCUAAAGGAGAGUCUGAAGUGGGAUCAGCCGAUCGAAUAUGCAGCUCUCCGCUCCUUCGCAGCCGAUGCUUUCGACUGGAGAUGUCUGGGAGGCGCAAAGAAGUUCAUCAAGAAUCUUGCCCCGGCAUUGCUUGUCCGAGAGCUGCGACGGCAGGGUGCUGAGAAUGAGCGCUUGAAACUGGACGAGGUAGCACAAGGAGAGGCAGAGACGAAGAUGGUGAAAGCGAUACACGGCAAAAGAAAUCAUAGCACAGUAGAUGGAGAUUUGGAGUUGCGCAUCUCUUUCGUUCCAGCUGGCUUCGUGCCCAUCGAUCUCAGCAUGGAAGACGAGGACGACGACUUUUUCCCGGCUGGCGGUCCGGAAUCCGAUGCAGACAGCGAGUCUACGAAUCCUCCACCCUCUUCAGCUGACAUCAAUGCCGACGAUGAUGAGGAAGAUGAUCCCGUUUCACCCACCAAGAAGAAACGACGAUUCAAAACGUUUGAUCCCGAUCAGCCUGAGAAACUCUGGAUCUUACGGACCUAUCUACAGGUAGGAUGUCCGCUGAUGGUCGAGGAGUAUGAAGCUAGUCUGCGGGAUCCGAAGGAGUUUCUGAAACAACGUCGGAAAGCGAAGGCGGUUGGGAAACGCGCCGAGAACAUUCACACGGUGCCCGUGCCGGCGAAGAAGACUGGUGGUAGGAAGAGGAAGGAGAAGGAGGGUAACGAUAUGCCUGCCAAUGCGCUCAUGGCGUUUGGGAAGGUGACGAAAGCCGGGAAGGAGAGUGGAAAGGAGAAGGCGCGGGCAGUUCUGGGAGAGAGUUCGUCCCAGGGUAAUGAGCAGAGAUUUGCGGUGGAAGAGGUUCCGGCGAAGGCUGCAAGUUUCAAGAUGUUCUCGACACUGAUACCCGAUGCUCUGCUUCAGCAGAAAGAGCCAACUGUGGCGAACAGGCCAAGCAGAGCGGCGACGCCAUUUGCAGAGGACGAUGUAGAUGUCAUCGACCUCUCUCUUACUCCUCGCCCCUUCGCCCGAUUUGCAGCUACGCAACACCCAAGUUCACCCCCGAAGUCUCCAGCUGCGGCUUUGAAACGUGCAGCGCGCCAGCACCAGGCGAAACAACUUGCCACACUGCAGAAGACACCACCGCGCCGCAAGAGACGAAGUGCUGAGCUGUCUUCGCCGCCUGUAAGCCAGAGGAGUCAGAGGAGUAUUACGGAGUGGUAUUCGCCUUCACCUCGCAAGGCAAGAGCAGCGGUGCCUGUCUCGAUCGAUGCUGAGAUCGUCAACUUGGUUUCUAGCUCACCUGCUCCUGGCUUUGGGAAAGUGCAGAGAUCGUUCACGCCUACACCUCCGAAUCUGAGGAAGACGUUCGUCAGAUCCCCCUCACCUACUCUUCCUGUCGUUGGUGGGAGUCUAUUCGUGUCGCCUCUGGUUUGUGAGGAUCCAUUCUCGCCUGGUAGACUUCCGGAUACAGUCACGAAGAGGAGAAGAAAGGGGCCGUUGAGGAGAUGGGAGAGUGCUCCUGUUCGUGGUGAGGUGGAGGAUGACCAUGAGGAGACUACGCCACGAGCUUCGAUGGAUCAUGACCUGAUCGAUUUUGGGGGAUGUGGUGGAGCGCUUGAUCUUGAUGCGAUGGAUCUCGCCGCGCCUAGUCCCGCACGAGCGAAAGCUUCUCGGUUAGCAGAGGAGGAUGAUCUACCAGAUGUGGGCCAUGACGUUGACCUCGAGCCGAGUGACGAUCUGCCAAGUCCCGACAGCUUCCUUACCAGCCGAACGGCCCUUGUGUCUAAGAGUCCGGGGCUUACUGCAGAGACGUUGAGCGCGGUCCGAAAGGAGGUAGCAUAUCCUACACCACCGACCACAUCGAAUGGCCUACCUACAAGUCAAUCACAAGUCGAUGCUAUGCCCAAUGUAGUCGGCGACCCUACACUACGCCCAACUGCGCCGGCAUACACGGCCAUAGAUUCUGCUCACACGGCACCUCCUGGCACGAAAUCCGUCGCUAUACGUCGCUCGCCUCGCCAUCCCUCAUCAGGUAAAUCACCUAUCCAAUCUCAAAAGCAGCAGAAGGCGGUGAAGAAGAAAGCUUUUCUACUCCGUCAAAGCCUCGAGGGUGUAUGGAAGGAAGUUGAUGCCGAGACCUUGGAUAUGAGCGGUGAUGGGAGUGGGUGGAGGAUGAGCGGGAGAAGUGCCGAGAUUGUUUCUAGUAAUGGUGGUGCAAUCAGAGGCAGAAGCGGGAAAGCAGCAAAGGCGUGGAGGCACAGUGGUGUUGAGAUCUUGGACUUGACUGGGGCCUGA